AUGUUCUGUGAAGAGAUUGGCCAGAACUGCACCUUCCAACUGCAAGGCCCCAACGGGACUGUCGAGAGCCCAGGGUUCCCGUAUGGCUAUCCCAAUUACGCCAACUGCACGUGGAUCAUCACCGCGGAGGCCCAGCACAGGAUCCAGCUUGUGUUCCAGUCCUUCGCCCUGGAAGAGGACUUUGAUGUCCUGUCGGUGUUUGAUGGCCUGCCGCAGCCUGAGAACCUGCGAACAAGGCUCACCGGCUUUCAGCUGCCAGCCACCAUCGUGAGCGCGGCCACCACCCUCUCUCUGCGCCUCCUGAGCGACUAUGCAGUUAGUGCCCAGGGCUUCCAUGCCAACUAUGAAGUUCUGCCCAGCCACACAUGUGGGAACCCAGGGAGGCUCCCCAACGGCAUCCAGCAGGGCUCCACCUUCAACCUGGGUGACAAGGUCCGCUACAGCUGCAACCCGGGCUUCUUCCUGGAGGGCCACGCCGUGCUCACGUGCCACGCCGGCUUCGAGAACAGUGCCACGUGGGACUUCCCCCUGCCCUCCUGCAGAGCGGACGAUGCUUGUGGUGGGACCCUGCGGGGCCAGAGUGGCAUCAUCUCCAGCCCCCACUUCCCCUCGGAGUACCACAACAACGCCGACUGCACCUGGACCAUCCUGGCGGAGCUGGGAGACACCAUCGCCCUGGUCUUUAAUGACUUCCAGCUGGAGGACGGUUAUGACUUUCUGGAAGUCACGGGGACGGAAGGGUCCUCCCUCUGGGACUUGAGAGGGAUCCACCCUGUCUCCUUACUGCCUGAGCUCGCCGCCAAAGGGCCUCUGUGGCUCUGCCUCUCAACUGAGGUCUGCGUAUUCUCAUCUCAAGAGCGCUGCAUGCUGCCGAGUCCCCUGAACCUGGAUGUGACCAACUGGCCUCCUGCCAAUGUUUCAAGUAGGAAUGGGGGGACCAGCACAGCCCAGGGUUCUGAGCAGGACUUUGUCUUACAGCUGCGGGUCAAGAAGCAAAUCGAGUUGAAAUCCCGAGGAGUGAAGCUCAUGCCCAGCAAGGAUAACAACCAGAAGACGUCUGUGCUAACUCAGGUCGGUGUGUCCCAAGGGCAUAAUAUGUGUCCAGACCCUGGCAUACCCGAAAGGGGCAAAAGACUAGGCUCGGAUUUCAGGUUAGGGUCCAGCGUCCAGUUCACCUGCAACGAGGGCUAUGAUCUGCAAGGGUCCAAGAGGAUCACCUGUAUGAAAGUGAGCGACAUGUUUGCAGCCUGGAGUGACCACAGGCCGGUCUGCCGAGCCCGCAUGUGUGAUGCCCACCUUCGAGGCCCAUCGGGCAUCAUCACCUCCCCCAAUUUCCCCAUUCAGUACGACAACAAUGCACACUGCGUGUGGGUCAUCACUGCGCUCAACCCCGCCAAGGUGAUCAAGCUUGCCUUUGAGGAAUUCGACUUGGAGAGGGGCUAUGACACCCUGACGGUCGGGGACGGUGGGCAGGACGGGGACCAGAAAACCGUUCUCUACAUUCUGACAGGUACGUCGGUCCCAGAUCUGAUUGUCAGCACCAACCAUCAAAUGUGGCUUCUCUUCCAGACCGACAGCAGUGGCAGCUCCUUGGGGUUCAAGGCUUCUUACGAAGAGAUCGAGCAGGGCAGUUGUGGUGACCCUGGUAUCCCUGCCUAUGGCCGGAGAGAAGGCUCUCGGUUCCACCAUGGUGACACACUCAAGUUUGAGUGCCAGCCUGCCUUUGAGCUGGUGGGGCAGAAGGCAAUCACGUGCCAAAAGAAUAACCAGUGGUCUGCUAAGAAGCCAGGCUGUGUGUUCUCCUGCUUCUUCAACUUCACCAGCCCCUCUGGGAUCGUCCUGUCCCCCAAUUACCCAGAGGAUUAUGGCAACCACCUACACUGUGUCUGGCUCAUCCUGGCCCGAUCCGAGAGCCGCAUCCACCUGGCCUUCAACGACAUCGAUGUGGAGCCACAGUUCGAUUUCCUGGUCAUCAAGGACGGGGCCACUGCCGAGGCCCCAGUACUGGGCACCUUCUCAGGGAACCAGCUCCCCUCCUCCAUCACCAGCAGCGGCCACGUGGCCCGUCUCGAGUUCCAGACUGACCACUCCACAGGGAAGCGGGGCUUCAACAUCACCUUCACCACCUUUCGGCACAACGAGUGUCCAGAUCCCGGCGUUCCGGUGAAUGGCAAACGGUUUGGCGACAGCCUUCAGCUGGGCAGCUCCAUCUCUUUCCUCUGUGACGAAGGCUUCCUGGGCACCCAGGGCUCAGAGACCAUCACCUGCAUCUUGAAGGAGGGCAGCGUGGUGUGGAACAGUGCCGUGCUGCGAUGUGAAGCUCCCUGCGGUGGUCACCUGACCUCUCCCAGUGGCACCGUCCUCUCUCCAGGCUGGCCUGGCUUCUACAAGGAUGCUUUGAGCUGUGCCUGGGUGAUCGAAGCCCGGCCAGGCUACCCCAUCAAAAUCACCUUUGACAGGUUUAAAACCGAGGUCAACUAUGACACCCUUGAGGUGCGAGAUGGACGGACCUACUCGGCGCCCCUGAUCGGGGUUUACCACGGGACCCAGGUCCCUCAGUUCCUCAUCAGCACCAGCAACUACCUCUACCUCCUCUUCUCGACAGACAAGAGUCACUCCGACAUCGGCUUCCAGCUACGCUAUGAGACCAUCACGCUGCAGUCCGACCACUGCCUGGACCCGGGGAUCCCUGUCAACGGGCAGCGCCAUGGGAAUGAUUUCUACGUCGGCGCCCUGGUGACCUUCAGCUGCGACUCGGGCUACACGCUCAGCGAUGGGGAGCCCCUGGAGUGUGAACCCAACUUCCAGUGGAGCCGGGCCCUGCCCAGCUGUGAAGCGCUCUGUGGGGGCUUCAUUCAAGGCUCCAGUGGAACAAUCUUAUCACCUGGCUUCCCUGACUUCUACCCUAACAACUUGAACUGCACCUGGGUCAUUGAAACGUCCCACGGCAAGGGUGUGUUCUUUACUUUCCACACCUUCCACCUGGAAAGUGGCCACGACUACCUCCUCAUCACGGAGAACGGCAGCUUCACCCAGCCUCUGAAGCAGCUGACCGGCUCUCGACUGCCGGCUCCCAUCAGCGCUGGGCUCUAUGGCAACUUCACCGCCCAGGUCCGCUUCGUGUCUGAUUUCUCCAUGUCAUAUGAAGGCUUCAACAUCACCUUCUCAGAGUACGACUUGGAGCCCUGUGAGGAGCCCGAGGUCCCAGCCUACAGCAUUCGGAAGGGCUUGCAGUUUGGCGUGGGUGACACCUUGACCUUCUCCUGCUUCCCCGGGUACCGGCUGGAGGGCACCGCCCGCAUCACGUGCCUGGGGGGCAGACGGCGCCUGUGGAGCUCGCCUCUGCCAAGGUGUGUUGCUGAGUGUGGCAACUCAGUCACGGGCACUCAGGGUACUUUGCUGUCCCCCAACUUUCCUGUGAACUACAAUAACAACCACGAAUGCAUCUACUCCAUCCAGACCCAGCCAGGGAAGGGGAUUCAGCUGAAAGCCAAGGCAUUUGAACUCGCCGAAGGAGACGUCCUCAAGGUCUACGAUGGCAACAACAACUCCGCCCGCUUGCUUGGGGCGUUCGGCCACUCUGAGAUGAUGGGAAUGACGCUGAACAGCACGUCCAGCAGUCUGCGGCUUGACUUCAUCACCGAUGCGGAGAACACCAGCCAGGGCUUCGAACUGCAGUUUUCCAGUUUUGAACUCAUCAAAUGUGAGGACCCAGGAACCCCCCAGUUUGGUUACAAGGUCCACGAUGGAGGUCAUUUUGCAGGGAGCUCUGUGUCCUUCAGCUGUGACCCUGGAUACAACCUGCGGGGUAGUGAGGAGCUGCGGUGUCUGAGUGGCGAGCGGAGGACAUGGGACCGGCCUCUCCCCAUCUGUGUCGCUGAAUGUGGAGGAACAGUGAAAGGAGAGGCAUCGGGACAGGUGCUGUCACCUGGGUAUCCAGCGCCCUACGAACACAACCUCAACUGCAUCUGGACCAUCGAGGCUGAUGCUGGCUGCACCAUUGGGCUCCACUUCCUGGUCUUCGACACGGAGGAGGUCCACGACGUGCUGCGCAUCUGGGACGGGCCGGUGGAAAGCGGCGUUCUGCUGAAGGAGCUGAGCGGCCCCACACUGCCCAAAGACCUGCACAGCACCUUCAGCUCAGUGGUCAUGCAGUUCAGCACCGACUUCUUCACCAGCAAGCAGGGCUUUGCUAUCCAGUUCUCAGUGUCCAUGGCAACAUCCUGCAAUGACCCCGGGGUCCCGCAGAAUGGGAGCCGGAGCGGCAACAGUUGGGAAGCCGGGGACUCCACGGUGUUCCAGUGUGACCCCGGCUAUGCGCUGCAGGGGAGCGCGGAGAUCAGCUGUGUGAAGAUAGAGAACAGAUUCUUCUGGCAGCCCAGCCCGCCAACGUGCUCCGCUCCCUGUGGGGGAGACCUGACGGGACCAUCUGGAGUCAUUCUGUCACCAAAUUACCCGGAGCCCUACCCGCCAGGCAAGGAGUGUGACUGGAAAGUGACCGUGUCCCCAGACUACGUCAUCGCCCUGGUAUUUAACAUCUUUAACCUGGAGCCUGGCUACGACUUCCUCCAUGUCUACGACGGACGGGACUCCCUCAGCCCCCUCAUCGGAAGCUUCUACGGCUCCCAGCUCCCAGGCCGCAUCGAGAGCAGCAGCAACAGCCUCUUCCUUGCCUUCCGCAGCGACGCCUCCGUGAGCAACGCUGGCUUCGUCAUUGACUACACAGAAAACCCCAGGGAGUCGUGCUUCGAUCCCGGCUCCAUCAAGAACGGCACGCGAGUGGGGUCUGACCUGAAGCUGGGCUCCUCCCUCACCUACUACUGCCACGGGGGCUACGAAGUGGAGGGCGCCUCCACCCUGAGCUGCAUCCUGGGGCCCGAUGGGAAGCCAGUGUGGAACAAUCCCCGGCCAGUCUGCACAGCCCCCUGCGGGGGACAAUAUGUAAGCUCGGAUGGAGUGGUCUUGUCCCCCAACUACCCCCAGAAUUAUACUAGCGGACAGAUCUGCCUAUACUUUGUCACCGUGCCCAAGGACUAUGUGGUCUUUGGCCAGUUCGCCUUCUUCCACACGGCCCUCAACGACGUGGUGGAGGUGCACGACGGUCACAGCCAGCACUCCCGGCUGCUCAGCUCCCUCUCGGGCUCCCACACAGGAGAAUCUCUGCCUUUGGCCACCUCCAAUCAAGUUCUCAUUAAGUUCAGUGCCAAGGGCCAGUCACCAGCCAGAGGGUUUCACUUCGUCUACCAAGCGGUACCUCGAACCAGUGCCACGCAGUGCAGCUCCGUGCCAGAACCGCGCUAUGGCAAGAGGCUGGGCAGUGACUUCUCCGUGGGCGCCGUGGUCCGCUUUGAAUGCAGCUCCGGCUAUGUCCUACAAGGAUCCCCAGACAUCGAGUGCCUCCCCAUUCCCGGGGCCUUGGCCCAGUGGAAUGUCUCAGCCCCAGCGUGUGUGGUGCCAUGCGGAGGUAACCUGACAGAGCGCAGGGGCACCAUCCUGUCUCCCGGCUUCCCGGAGCCCUACCUGAACAGCCUCAAUUGUGUGUGGAAGAUCGUGGUCCCGGAAGGCGCUGGCAUCCAGAUUCAAGUCAUAAGCUUUGUCACAGAGCAGAACUGGGACUCCCUGGAAGUGUUUGAUGGCGCUGACAACACCGCCACCAUGCUGGGCAGUUUCUCGGGGACAACCGUGCCCGCCCUUCUGAACAGCACCUCUAACCAGCUCUAUCUGCACUUCUACUCCGACAUCAGUGUGUCCGCCGCUGGCUUCCACCUGGAGUACAAGACUGUAGGGCUCAGCAGCUGCCCCGAACCUGCAGUGCCCAGUAACGGGGUGAAGUCUGGCGAACGCUACUUGGUGAACGAUGUAGUCUCCUUCCAGUGCGAGCCGGGAUAUGCCCUCCAGGGCCACGCCCACAUCUCCUGCAUGCCCGGGACCGUGCGGCGCUGGACCUACCCUCCGCCGCUCUGCAUCGCGCAGUGUGGGGGAGGAGUGGAAGAGAUGGAGGGGGUCAUCCUGAGCCCAGGUUUCCCGGGCAACUACCCCAGCAACAUGGACUGCUCCUGGAAAAUAGCACUGCCUGUGGGCUUUGGAGCUCACAUCCAGUUCCUGAACUUCUCCACCGAGCCCAAUCACGACUUCAUAGAAAUCCGGAAUGGGCCCUACGAGACCAGCCGCAUGAUGGGGAGAUUCAGUGGAAGCGAGCUUCCCAGCUCCCUGCUCUCCACUUCCCAUGAGACCACCGUGUAUUUCCACAGCGACCACUCCCAGAACCGGCCGGGAUUCAAGCUGGAAUAUCAGGCCUAUGAACUUCAAGAGUGCCCAGACCCAGAGCCCUUUGCCAAUGGCAUUGUGAGGGGAGCUGGCUACAACGUUGGACAAUCAGUGACCUUCGAGUGUCUCCCAGGAUAUCAACUGAUUGGCCAUCCUGUCCUCACAUGUCAACACGGCACUAACCGGAACUGGGACCACCCCCUGCCCAAGUGUGAAGUCCCCUGUGGCGGGGACAUCACCUCUUCCAAUGGCACUGUGUACUCCCCGGGGUUCCCCAGUCCAUACACCAGCUCCCAGGACUGUGUCUGGCUGAUCACCGUGUCCAUCGGUCAUGGCAUCCACCUCAACCUCAGCCUUCUGCAGACAGAGCCUUCCGGGGACUUCAUCACCAUCUGGGACGGGCCAGAGCAGACAGCUCCACCGCUUGGAGUCUUCACCCGGAGCCUGGCCAAGAAAACAGUAUACAGCUCAUCCAACCAGGUCCUGCUCAAGUUCCACCACGCCGCAGCCAUGGGGGGCAUCUUCGCCAUAGCCUUCUCUGCGUAUCCACUCACCAAAUGCCCUCCUCCAACCAUCCUGCCCAACGCUGAAGUGGUCACAGAGAAUGAAGAAUUCAACAUAGGUGACAUCGUGCGCUACCGAUGCCUCCCGGGGUUCACCUUGGUCGGCAAUGAAAUCCUGACUUGCAAACUUGGAACGUACCUGCAGUUUGAAGGCCCCCCUCCGCUCUGUGAAGUUCACUGCCCGACGAAUGAGCUCCUGACAGACUCCACGGGCGUGAUCCUGAGCCAGAGCUACCCUGGAAGCUACCCGCAGUUCCAGACCUGCUCCUGGCUGGUGCGGGUGGAGCCCGAGUAUAACAUCUCCCUCACGGUGGAGUACUUCCUCAGCGAGAGGGAGUACGACGAGUUUGAGAUCUUUGAUGGUCCAUCAGGACAAAGUCCUCUGCUGAAAGCCCUCAGUGGGAAUUACUCAGCACCCCUGGUGGUCACCAGCUCCAGCAACUCUGUGUACCUGCGCUGGUCGUCAGACCACGCCUACAAUCGGAAGGGCUUUAAGAUUCGGUAUUCGGCCCCUUACUGCAGCCUGCCCAGGGCUCCGCUCCACGGCUUCAUCCUGGGUCAGACCAGCACCCAGCCUGGAGGCUCCAUCCACUUCGGCUGCAAUGCCGGCUACCGGUUGGUGGGACACAGUAUGGCCAUUUGUACCCGACACCCCCAGGGCUACUACCUAUGGAGCGAGGCCAUUCCUCUGUGUCAAGCUCUUUCCUGUGGGACUCCCGAGGCUCCUAAGAAUGGAAUGGUGUUUGGGAAGGAGUACACUGUGGGCACCAAGGCUGUGUACAGCUGUGGUGAAGGCUUCCACCUUCAGGCCGGAGCUGAGGUCACAGCGGAGUGUCUGGAGACGGGCCUGUGGAGCAACGACAACGUCCCCCCACAGUGUGUCGCUGUGACCUGCCCCGACGUCAGUAGCAUCAGUGUGGAACAUGGCCGAUGGAGACUCAUCGUUGAGACCCAGUACCGCUUCCAAGCCCAGCUGAUGCUCAUCUGCGACCCUGGCUACUACUACACUGGCCAAAGAGUCAUCCGCUGUCAGGCUGACAGCAAAUGGAGCCUGGGGGACUCUCUCCCCACUUGUCAGAUCAUCUCCUGCGGAGAGCUCCCCAUCCCCCCCAAUGGGCACCGAAUCGGAACCUUGUCCGACUAUGGAGCAACAGCCAUCUUCUCCUGCAAUUCCGCGUACACGCUGGUGGGCUCCAGGGUGCGAGAGUGCAUGGCCAAUGGACUCUGGGGCGGCUCUGAAGUCCGCUGCCUUGCUGGACACUGUGGAAUCCCGGAGCCUAUCGUGAAUGGGCACAUCAAUGGGGAGAAUUACAACUACCGGGGCAGCGUGGUGUAUCAGUGCAACGCCGGCUUCCGCCUGAUCGGCAUGUCUGUGCGCAUCUGCCAGCAGGAUCACCACUGGUCGGGCAAGACCCCUUUCUGUGUGCCAAUCACUUGUGGACACCCAGGUAACCCUGUCAAUGGCCUCACUCAAGGCAAUCAGUUUAACCUCAACGAUGUGGUCAAGUUUGUUUGCAACCCUGGGUACAUGGCGGAGGGGGCCACUAGGUCCCAAUGCCUGGCCAGCGGUCAGUGGAACAACAUGCUGCCCACCUGCAGAAUCAUCAACUGUACAGACCCCGGGCACCAGGAGAACAGCACUCGACAAGUCCGUGCCCGUGGCCCACACAGGUUCAGCUAUGGUACCACCGUGUCUUACCAAUGCAACCACGGCUUCUACCUUCUGGGAACCCCAGUGCUCAGCUGCCAGGGUGAUGGCACAUGGGAUCGGCCCCGCCCCCAGUGUCUCUUGGUGUCCUGUGGCCAUCCAGGCUCCCCGCCCUACGCGCAGAUGUCUGGAGACAGCUACACCGUGGGGGCUGUCGUGCGUUACAGUUGCAAUGGCAAACGAACACUGGUGGGAAAUGCGACCCGCAUGUGUGGCCUCGACGGACACUGGACUGGCUCCCUCCCCCACUGCUCAGGAACCAGCAUGGGCGUUUGUGGUGACCCUGGGAUCCCCAGCCAUGGCAUCCGUUUGGGGGAUAGCUUUGCUCCAGGCAGUCUGAUGCGCUUCAGCUGUGAAGCUGGCCACGCACUCCGGGGCUCGUCAGAGCGGACGUGUCAAGCCAAUGGGUCAUGGAGCGGCACACAGCCUGAGUGUGGAGUGAUCUCUUGUGGGAACCCAGGGACUCCGAGCAAUGCCCGGGUCGUGUUCAGUGACAGCCUGGUUUUCUCCAGCUCCAUCGUCUAUGAGUGUCGGGAAGGCUACUACGCCACUGGCCUGCUCAGCCGACACUGCUCUGUCAACGGCACCUGGACAGGCAGCGACCCUGAAUGCAUAGUCAUAAAUUGUGGUGACCCUGGGAUUCCAGCCAACGGCCUCCGACUGGGCAAUGACUUCAGGUACAACAAAACAGUGACAUACCAGUGUGCCCCUGGUCACAUGAUGGAAUCACAUAGGGUGUCUGUGCUGAGCUGCACCAAGGACCGGACGUGGAACGGGACCAAGCCAGUCUGCCGAGCUAUCAUGUGCAAGCCGCCCCAGCUCAUCCCCAACGGGAAGGUGGUGGGUUCCGACUUCACGUGGGGCUCCAGCGUGACCUAUACCUGCCUGGAGGGCUACCAGCUCUCCCUCCCCGCGGUGCUCACCUGCGAGGGAAACGGAUCCUGGACCGGGGAGCUGCCUCAGUGUUUCCCCGUGUUCUGUGGAGACCCCGGUGUCCCACCCCGAGGCAGAAGAGAGGACCGGGGCUUCUCCUACAGGUCGUCUGUCUCCUACUCCUGCCAGCCCCCUCUGGUGCUGGUGGGCUCUCCACGGAGGUUCUGCCAGUCUGAUGGAACCUGGAGCGGCACCCAGCCCAGCUGCAUAGACCCGACGCUGACCAUGUGCACAGACCCCGGUGCGCCACAGUAUGGGAUCCAGAACAAUUCCCAGGGCUACCAGGUGGGGAGCACAGUGCUCUUCCGUUGUCAGAAAGGCUACCUGCUUCAGGGCUCCACCACCAGGACAUGCCUCCCCAACCUGACUUGGAGUGGAACCCCACCCGACUGCAUCCCCCACCACUGCAAGCAGCCAGAGACGCCAACCCAUGCCAAUGUUGGAGCCCUGGACUUGCCCUCCAUGGGCUACACGCUCAUCUACUCCUGCCAGGAGGGUUUCUCCCUGAAGGGUGGCUCUGAGCAUCGCACCUGCAAAGCCGAUGGCAGCUGGACAGGCAAGCCACCCAUCUGCCUCGCAGAGGUCCGGCCCAGUGGGCGGCCCAUCAACACAGCCCGGGAACCACCACUCAGCCAAGCGUCAGUUCCUGGGGAUGUUUUUGCCAAGAACUCUCUGUGGAAAGGGGCCUAUGAGUACCAAGGGAAGAAGCAGCCAGCUAUGCUCAGAGUUACUGGCUUCCAGGUUGCCAACAGCAAAGUCAAUGCCACCAUGAUAGAUCACAGCGGCGUGGAGCUGCACCUGGCUGGAAUUUACAAGAAAGAAGAUUUCCAUCUCCUACUCCAGGUCUACCAGAUCACGGGGCCAGUGGAGAUCUUUGUGAAUAAGUUCAAAGAUGACCACUGGUCUUUAGAUGGGCAUGUCUCCUCAGAGUCCUCCGGAGACACCUUCGUCUACCAAGGCUCGGUCAAGGGCCAAGGCUUUGGGCAGUUCGGCUUUCAAAGACUUGACCUGAGACUGCUGGAGUCGGACCCCGAGUCCAUCGGCCGUCACUUGGCUUCCAACAGCAGCUCUGUGGCCGCCGCGAUCCUGGUGCCUUUCAUCGCCCUCAUCAUCGCGGGCUUUGUGCUCUAUCUCUACAAACACAGGAGAAGACCCAAAGUUCCGUUCAAUGGCUACGCUGGCCACGAAAACACCAGUGUCCGGGCCACGUUUGAGAACCCAAUGUAUGACCGCAACAUCCAGCCCACAGACAUCAUGGCCGGCGAGGCGGAGUUCACAGUCAGCACAGUGUGUACAGCGGUAUAGCCACCAGGCCUGGCUGCCACCGCCGCCGCCGCUGAGUGCCCCACCUCUGCCAGCCGUUUACAAACUCUGCCGUCAUCGGCUUGUUCCUAGUUCUCCGGGGGCAGGAGGUGAGCUCCCCUGAGCACGGUGCCCAGUGCCCAUCUUCGUCUGUGUCUCGCCUCUAUCUGCGCCUCCUGACUGGGCUCUGUCUGGCCCUGCGACCACCUGUACCCACCACCCUGGAGAGGACCCUACCACGCCCUGGCUUGGGCAGUAAAGGGAGCGGGGCUACAGAUAGACAAAUGUUCACAGAUUUGACAAUAGCAACUCACCUUGUGUGUGUGUUUGCGCGUGUGUGUAGGCCUGUGCGCGCGCACACGUCUUCAUUUGAAUCCUUGGGAAGAGGCCAGAGAAGCGUAAACAAAGAGAAAUUUGUGUACAAGCUGCCCCUGCCCUGCUCCCCACAACCCAGAGAAGAGUGAAGAGGGAGCUCCGCUCCCAGCGCUGAGCCAACACAUCGCCCUCCUUGUUCCCAGUGAAGGUUCCAGGGCCCUGCAUCCCACGGUCAUCAGAAUGCAGAAGCCAGCUCCAUCUGACAAAUGACAGCAAGGAUGACCCCAAGGGCAGAAACAAAUCUUAAAGAGUUUAGAAAUCGAUGUCUUUAUUUUUCCAAUGUCAUUUUCUUGUGUUCCAAACCCAGUGAGUUCAAAAUGUAUUCUGCGUCCUGGGCCCUGGGAAGGAUGAGUAGGCGGGGUGGGGGUGGGGCCAGAAUCGGCCAUGAGUUCAAGGUCAAGCCUGGCUGAGGACUGGCUGUGAGGAGAGGAAGGGCGUCUGUGAGCCAGACAAGGAUGACAAGCCUGGAGGCAGUGGUAGGUGCAGGACCGGAGAGAAGUCUGCCCCAGCCACUCUCCUUCCCACAGUGACCACUAUGUAUGGAGUGUUUUCUCUGUGCCUGACCAUCUAGGUGUAUUUAUUUCUAACCUUACAACAACCUCCAAGGUAGGAACUGCUAUUUUCUUUUUACAGAUAAGAAAGUAAGUUCAGAAAGGCAGAGACUGAGACCAUACCGUCAACGUAGAGUCGGGAUCAAAACCCAGGUCCAUCUGACCCCAAAGUCAACUACACCAGCUACCAGAAGCCAGGUCUAGUCAGAGCCCCAGAGACAAGGGAGGAGUUGCUGGAGCUCUGCAGCCAGACAGGUCUGGUAGGCCGGCAGGGAACCUGUGUGUCUUACCUGAAAUGAGAUCUCAAUGCAAGGACCCAGUACCCCAGGUCUUCUGGAACUGGUCCUGGCCCUUGGUGCCCAGCAUCCCAUGACCACAACAGGCAAAGGACCUGGUAGCUCCUGAGUUUAAAAAAAAAAAAAAGGCAUGAAGGACAGUCAACAUCCUUUCUAACUUCUUGCAAAUGGGUUUGAUUUAGUAAAGUGCAGUCGGGACGCUUAGGAGUUAAUGUAUGACACUUAGUGUCACCAGAGAAUCUCUUUCUCUGUCCCCAGGAAGGUCCCUGUGGGCUUAAGCACCCUGUCCACGUGUGGCAUGCGGCUUCAGAUGUCCCUGUCACAUACCGAGUUAGAAAAUAGAAGUGCUUGGGGUGCAGUAGCAGGGACAUCUGGUUCUUCGACAGAUUCUGGGUUUUUAACCAAUGAAAGAUUGAGAGGGACUAAAAUGAAGAGGUUCGACGGGAACUGGCAAUGAUAGGAGCCUACCCUUGUCCGCUCACCCUCUGUGUCACACUGUCCAUGGGCUGGGCGGGAAGGCACCAGUCCAGCCACACACACACACACUCUCAUCGCUGUCUUUCCCCGGAAACGAAGCAGCAAGCUCCUUGGUUGCUCCCUUCUCCCUUGUGAGCCUCCUUCCAGACCAACCAGUGGGUUCCUCCUCCUGCCCCACUCCCCAUGCCUCCUUGUGAGUCCCACGAGGUGCCCAAGGAGCAUCUGCUGGUGGGGCACCCAGCACCCAGUGUGCAUCACCCCCUGCCACCUCUGACCUUUUCUCUCAAUCUCCAGAGGCCCCCCACCCACCAUUCACGCCAUACUAGCCGCCACCAUCCCAUGAGAAAACCUAAAAAGCAAAACAAAAAAAAAUUUUUGUACAGAGAUAUAUUUUAUUAUACAAAGUUUGUACAGUACCAAAAAAGAAAGAAAAAAGGUGUACAUUUUUUUUUCAUUAUUGUAGGUAAAUGGUAGUGGAAGCCUUUUUGUAAAUGUAAUAAAAUGUAUAAAUAUGGUUUUCAGAAAACAUCCAGUGCUGUAAAUAUGUAACUACACACCUUCUUGGCUUGUCUGCAAUAUAUACAUUUAAUUUAUCUGUCUCUGUAUAUGAGGCUUCCUCCCCAACUGGGUCCUGCAUUAUGGUACUUUCCAGAAUUUGAAAGCAAUUUUAAAUUUUUUGAAUUCAAAUAAAAUAUAAAUUUUUGCAUUGGUUUUCUUACA